AUGCCAAAGGUGAAGCGUUUUAGAAAUCCACAAAAAUCAGCACCUCAACCACAAUGUCAUGGACCUCUAACACAAGCUCCAACACAUUCUGUUCCAACAAUGAAUCUUGAAAUUUCUUCCCCACCAAGUGAUUCCACACAAGCUCCUGAAGUCCCAACUAGUAAUGUCCCUCUUUCUCAUGUAUCAACAUCUGAAGUUCCACAAGAAGAUGAAACAACUAGACGUCAUGUUAAGCGUGAGUCUACACAAUGUUGGACUGUUGAGGCGAUAGACGUUGAAGAAACCAUCAAGAAGAUUAAGGUGAAAGUUAGGGGAGUCAAUAGCUUACCUAGGGAGUUACGCAUCAUUGUGAAUUUUGAUGACCAAGGCCAAGCAAUUGGUGAAGCACAAGCCUUGCUUGCAGGAUUUCUUGGAACACUAGCAGCUGAUUGCAAAUUAUUUCCUAUGGAUUAUGAUAGAUGCCUCGAUUUUAUUUUAAGAUUAAUGAAGUUGGUGCAAAAUGGUAUUGCAAAUUGA